GCUCCGCCCAGUCCCAGUCACUUUAUUGACACUAAUGAGCGAGUUCUUUCCCACCGGUCUCCCGCUUGGAAGUGCUGACAGAUCAAGGCAACAAAUUUCAAUUACCGGCCCUAAUUUGUGUCCGCAGCGCGUUUGUUACCCAUGUCAGUCCUGCCUGGCCCGUCAGACGGGGCAGAGCAGCAGCAGCAGCAGCAGGAGGAGGAGGAGGAGGGACGCAGGGAGCCCGCCAGCGGGACGAAGUUUAGACCAACUGGGCUGAUCCCGCGGACUGGGAAGAAGGGCGCGGAGACCCCCCACGCCUGGGGCAGCGGGAGGGGGCGAGACCCCUGCAAGGCUGGGGCCUGUUGUGCGCCUAUGAGCGGGGUCUAGGGCGCGCGGGCGCGGGGGCGCCGGGCAUGGCCGAGAAGCGGCGGACCUCGCCCUGCAGCGCGAUGAGUCUCAAGGCGCACGCCUUCUCGGUGGAGGCGCUGAUCGGCGCCGAGAAGCAGCAGCACAAGCCGCCGAAGCGGCGCAAGUUGGGAGCGGAGGAGGAGGCGGCGGCGGAGGAGGAGGAAGAAGGGGGCAGCGGCUGCGGAAAGGGCUCCGGCGAAGGCGCCGAGAGCUCCCCGUUGCAGCCCCACGCCGGGGCCGCGUCGGCGCCUGGCAGGAGCUGCGGCGAGAUGGAGCUGAGCUGCGGUGCCCGGGGACCCGCCGGCAGCUGCGAAGGGAGUUUCCUAGGAGGGUCCCCGCCAGUGUCACCCGGCGGCUCCCCCAAGGGGGCUAGGGCCGGUUCCCCUCCACCAGCCCAGCAAGCGCCCCGGGUAGAUCUGCAGGGAGCCGAGCUGUGGAAGCGCUUCCAUGAGAUCGGUACCGAGAUGAUCAUCACCAAGGCAGGAAGGCGGAUGUUCCCUGCAAUGAGAGUGAAGAUCUCAGGCUUAGACCCACAUCAGCAAUAUUACAUUGCCAUGGACAUUGUGCCAGUGGAUAACAAAAGAUACAGGUAUGUUUACCAUAGCUCUAAAUGGAUGGUGGCUGGGAACGCUGAUUCACCAGUACCUCCUCGUGUUUAUAUUCACCCUGAUUCACCCGCCUCAGGGGAGACUUGGAUGAGACAAGUGAUCAGUUUUGACAAACUGAAACUUACGAAUAACGAACUGGAUGAUCAAGGGCAUAUUAUACUUCAUUCUAUGCAUAAAUACCAGCCGCGUGUCCAUGUCAUUCGUAAAGACUGUGGAGAUGAUCUGUCCCCGGUCAAGCCAAUUCCUUCAGGGGAAGGCGUCAAAGCAUUUUCUUUCCCUGAAACUGUUUUCACCACUGUAACAGCAUACCAGAAUCAACAGAUCACUCGAUUAAAGAUUGAUAGGAAUCCAUUUGCCAAAGGAUUUAGAGAUUCUGGACGUAACAGAAUGGGACUGGAAGCUUUAGUGGAAUCCUAUGCAUUCUGGAGACCUUCACUGAGGACACUUUCAUUUGAAGAUAUACCUGGGAUCCCCAAACAAGGAAAUGCAGGCUCCUCUGCUUUACUUCAGGGAUCUGGCAAUGGAGUUCCAUCUACCCACCCUCACCUGUUACCUGGGUCCCCUUGCUCUUCUCCUGCCUUCCACCUGGGUCCUAACACUAGCCAGCUCUGUAGCCUUGCUCCAGCUGAUUAUACAGCUUGUGCCCGUUCAGGCUUAACCCUUAAUAGAUACAGCACUUCUCUGGCUGAAACCUACAACAGGCUCACCAACCAAACCAGUGAGACCUUUGCACCCCCAAGGACACCCUCUUACGUGGGUGUGUCAAGUAGCACAACUGUGAACAUGUCCAUGACAGGCAAUGAUGGUGAUGCAUUCAGCUGCCCACAGACGGGUUUAUCUAUGCAGAUUUCAGGGAUGUCUCCACAGCUUCAGUACAUCAUGCCAUCCCCAUCAAGCAAUGCCUUCACCACUAAUCAAACCCACCAAGGCUCAUACAAUACUUUUAGACUACACAGUCCCUGUGCUUUGUAUGGAUAUAACUUCUCCACAUCCCCCAAACUGGCUGCCAGCCCUGAGAAAAUUGUUUCUUCCCAAGGAAGUUUCUUGGGGUCCUCACCAAGUGGAACUAUGACUGAUCGGCAGAUGUUGCCCCCCGUGGAAGGAGUUCACUUACUUAGCAGUGGGGGGCAGCAGAAUUUCUUUGACUCUAGGACCCUAGGAAGCUUAACACUGUCAUCAUCUCAAGUGUCUGCACAUAUGGUUUGAUGAAGCCUCUUAAGGAAAACUACAGUAUGUUUGGUGUCUACAAUGUAUUUCUCUUGGAAUGUUAAAGGACACAACCUAGCUUGUAAAGUGUAUAUAUAAUAUGAGAGGAAAUUUCACUGAAUCUUUUGUCUUGCUUGUGGCCCUAUUGUUUUCUAUUUUCAGUUCUGCUGAGUUUGUUGUGGCAUAGGCCAUUUAGUAUUCUGGUAUAGUACACUUAGUUGUGUAACACACUGGAACAUAUGCAACAAAUUAAGCAGGACUUCCUCCCCUCCCCUUCCACCCUCCACCUUUCAGGCCCCUUUAAAGAAUGAAAUGACACUUGGGUCUGAAUUAAACAAGACAAACAAAACACAUUUCCUACAGAACUAGUACAUUUCCCUGCAGUGUUCAUGUGGUGCUGAGCUGAUGCAGCAAACACAAUACAAUGUUCUUCUCCAUUAUAAGAGAUACAAUAGUUAUUUGGGUGUCAGGUGUUAAGAAUGCAGACUCCAGUCUAAAGUAGAUCAACUAUGGAUUAUCUACCACGUAAAUGGAAAUAAUAGCUUUCCUUCUCAUGCUAUGCUGUUUCUAGCCUGUUGGCAACAUGACAUUCAUAUUAGGAUAUUUCAGUGUUAGUCUAGAUUCACCUGUUAUUGUCACAUCAUUUAAAAAACACAAAGUGCCAACUCAAAUUGUGGUGAUAAGAGUAAUUUAAAAGAAGCAACGGGAAGAUCAGUUUGUCUUAGUCCUCUGUGCAUAGAGAAUGUGGUGAGAGAUUAAUUUUUGCCAAAGGGAGAGACUUGAUACAUUUUUCCAUAAAUUUCCAUUUAAAAUGUUUUUUCUGGAGAAUAGAAUAUCUUAACAAAUAUUUAUGUGCUCGUUUAAAAAGAAAAUGCAGGUUUAAAUAUUUUAAAAUAUUGUGCAUUGAGUUAUGGUAAGAGGCUGAGAAAUUCCAUUAUCAAUUUUAUCUCUCUUCUGGACAAAUUUUCUUCCCGUCCUAGAAUCCUAACAAAGGAGUUAUCCGUGCUGACACUUAGGCCCAAUUUAGACAGGUGACCAAAAUUCUGCUCUCAGUUGCAUGGGUGCCACUAGGAGUAGAGUGCAGUGGAAGAAGUUGCCUAUGUAACCACAAGCAACUGGAUGGUCAUAGACAACCUCCAUAGUACCAUGCUAAAGGUUUUUAGCACGGCACUUCAGCCUAUUAUUUCCAUCCCAGUGGGAGUCUUCUUUCUUGUUCUUUUCUGUCACUACUGCUUUGUUUCUCACUCUGCUCCAUGCAGUUUGAACAGUUCAUUUUCCUUAGUUGCUUUUAGCUUGUCUAAGUUUCAGAGUUCUAAAUCAAUUCGUAACAAGGUUCACAUGGUUCACAGUGAAGUGUGGUGCAUUUAUCUCACGAAAGGAAGAUUACUGGCAAACUUUUGCCCUUAGUUACACCCGUGCAGCCCAGUCACAAUCAAUAUGGGUGCUCAGCUGCAUGUUUGGAGACCCAUUCUUACCUAUACACCUUUCGGAUUUUAGAUCUUAUGAGCUAUAGAAAAUAUCUGAAUCUUUGAUGAUUGGCAUUCUCAUUCUUAUGCCAGUAAGACUCCUGUGCGACUACUCUGGUUGUAUAAAAUCACCUUAAAGCAUGUGCUAAUGUAAUUUAAAGACCAUUUAUGGCCAGAGCAGUGUAUCAAGACAUAGUGUCAAUGAAAACAAAGCCCUUAGUAGUAUGGCUUUAGAUUUAAGUAAAAGUCCUGAGUUCAAAUCCCUCCCUAGCAACAGACAAUCUAAGUAACCAUGGGCAGGUCACUUAGGGCCAGAUUUUAAAGAUGUGUAGUGGGAUUUUCAAAAGCGUCUUGUACCUAACAGGUGCUUUAGAAAAUCCACUAGGUACCUAAAUAAAUAUUAAAAUCCAGCCCUUAGGUGCUCUAUGCUUCAGUUUCCCAUCUGUAAAAUGGGAUAAUAGCACUUCCCUAUCUCACUGGGGCAUUGUGAGGAGAAACACAUUAAAGACUUAAGGCACUCUGAUACUAUGUUAAUGGGGGGCUAUAUACAUCCCUUAUAUAGCUUUUGGAGGUUGGUGUAAGCCCAUCUGUAGAUUUGGAAUUCAACUUUUCCAUGUCCUUUCAGAUAGAUCCCCUAAUGAAAUACCAGCUGUAUAAUGUGUGUUGUUGUUUUUUUUUCUUCUCCCACCUCAUCCUGGCUAUCCUUUUUCUUUAAGGUUCAUACUAAAAUACAGAAAUGCCCCUUUGUAAAAUGCCUUGAAAAUACAGUCAUCAAGGGAUAGAUCUUCAAUAAAUGCUAAUUCAACAGAUCUUGACAAAUUAAUUUGCAAGAUAUUUGUGGCCAACAAUCCCUGGCCUAAGAAAAGUACAGUAUGUUUGAUGUAAUCCUGCCAUUAUGCAAAGCUUUAAUGUUAUGAUCUACAUGCUUUAUGUUUGAAAGGGAUAAGCAAGAGAAUUCUGCAUACAGUGUGUGCCAUCUUAAAGGGGCUGUGGGGAAGGUGUGUGGAAUCCUGCAGGACGUUAGUGGGAAAACUCCUGUAAUAAGGAUUACAGGAUUAUGUGUGUAUGAGUGGAGGUAAUAUUUUCAUUGCAUUGUAAUGUGUGCAUGAACGCAUGCAUGCACAUAUGUGGAGAUAUUUGUUUUGUAAUUUGGGAAUUUUUCAGUACCAUUUAAAAUGGUUGCUUUUUCUUCAAGUUAUUUUUAUUUUAUAAUCUCACAAUAUUGCUUGAAACAUUUCUUCCUUAAACUUCUAUUCAUAUUGUAAAUAGUUAUUGGUGUGUCAUAGCAAAGACUAGCUUUUUAUCAAUACAGUAAAUGCUAUAUAUGCAUUAUAUCUAUAAUUAUAUAUCUGUAUUUUAUGAAAAUGUCACAGAAAUUAUAUUAAAGUGUGUAUCUAAAUACUUUUUUGUAAACAUAAGGUUUUCGGGGACAUUUUGUCUGCAACUUCAAUAAAACCAAAGGAACUUACCAUUGGGUGAGCCCUAACGUGCACAGACUUAGACAACAAGUCUGGGAGCAUUCAAAUAGCAGACCUUUCUUGAGUGUUUAAAUUUAACUAGCUGCUGUAGGGCCCUUGUCAUGUGAAGGUGAAGGGCAUGACAAAUGUUGAGCACAUGAAGAUUUUAAUAGUGAUAGCAGAACAGAGAGGUUUUUAUUUUGGAACACAAGCAUGAGUGGCUUGCCAGGCUGACUAGUUAGUGACAGACUCCUGUUAACGCAGCAUACCUGAAUGUAUUCCAAAAGAUGUGGUGAUGGGAUGAUCUCAGUCUCUCUUCAUCAACCAAAUCGAGGAAAUUAACACUUGCCUGCUACCAAGUGCUGCAGUGAGAGCUUUAGUACCUUGUAGAAUUUCUCUCUGCACUCUCACUUUGGCCACUACAUUUGCUUUUGUGUAUUUUAGCUGCCAAAAUACAUUGACUUCAAAAUCUUUAAGAAUGAGCAUAACCAAAUGGUUGUACCAUGCUGCUUAUUGACAGGCAUGCAAACAAACACAUUUGAAAAUACUUUUGUGCAUGAUAGUGCCAUUUUGUACCAGAUGAGUAAUCAAUGCAAAGUGGGUACAACAUGCUACCAAAUCAGAGGGGUGAUGUUUUACGUGCAGUUCAGUAUUGUUGCAAAUGCUAGAGCCCUGCACAGAUAAAAACUUAGUAUCUGAAUCCGUGUGUGCAUCUGCAAAAACAAUCCAUGGAUAUCUGCAUGUACAUCAGCUGUGGCUAUCGUCAUCCAUGGCCAUGAAUGUGAAUACCUGUGGAUCUAAAGCAGAUAUCCAUAGAUUUGCAGGGCUCUACAAAUGACAACACAAGAUGAAACAGAAUCAGGCCUGAAGAAUUCAGUCAUCAGGGGGGCAAGAUUUAGCAGUAAGUGGCUGGAAAAGUCUAAAGAUUAUAAUCCUAAUAUUUCCCCUCUAAGAACUACAGAACCAAUCCCCAUGUUUUUAAAUUUAACUAUAGGAGGGGGGAGUGGUUUCACACUCAUGAUGUUGGAGUUAAUUUUAGUAAAUAUAUACUUUGAGCUAUUCAUCAGCGGAAACGUCUUUCAUCAAUAGAAAGGAGCCUUGAGAUUUCAUAAAUCAUAUUAAAGUUUGUAUGCAAUUAUACUAGACCUAAAUACGCUUGUUAUUAUAGAAGAGUAGAGACUUUUUAAAAAAAAUGCUGCAGAGUAAACUGAUGUAUGUAGCAACUUGGAUAUUAAAAGAUUUUUUUUUGUCAUUCUGCUCUUCUGAAUAUUCUCUCAGACUUUUAUAGUAAGAUCAUUCAGGUGCAGUUUGGAGCCCAGAUAUGGAUUUCAGUUAAAUAAGUGUAGUUGAGGGAAAAUUGCUUGUGUGUUUAGGCUAUCUUUUAUACUUUG